AUGGCCGUCUACAAGGUGAAGGUGGCCACAGGUGACAUCCUCAAAGCUGGGACCAACAACUCCAUCUCCAUCACCUUGGUGGGCAGCCGUGGCGAGAGCCAACAGACAACCAUCAAGCACCGGUUCAUGCCAGGGAAGGAGAAGGAUCUGACCGUGCGCUGCGAGCAGGACUUGGGUCCCAUCGUCCUCAUCCGCCUGCACAAGUGGCGGGUCUUCUUGGAGGAUGCCUGGCUGUUGAACCAUGUGCGGGAGGGCUCAGCGAAGAAGUUGGUGGACGAUGAGCUGGAGAUCCUCAGGGAUCAUCGGCGGCAGGAGCUGAAGGCACGGCAGGAGGCUUUCCAGUGGAAGAGCUACGCCGAGGGCUGGCCCCGUUGCCUCCGUGUGGACUCUGUCCAAGAGCUGGACUCCAAUGUCCAGUUCUCCUGCGUGAGGUCCACCAACUUCAACGGUGUCGCCAUCUUCCAUGCGGCCUCCCAGCUUCUGUCAGGGUUUCUGUUGAGACGCAGCUCCUGGAACAGCCUGGAUGAGAUGCGCAGCAUCUUCUCCCGGACGCGGGUCCCCGAGUACGUGGCCAAGCACUGGCGAGAAGACGACUUCUUCGGUUACCUGUUCCUCAACGGCAACAACCCCAUCGUCAUCCAGCGAUGUACGACGUUGCCGUCCAAAUUCCCGGUGACGCCGGAGAUGGUGGCCAGCUCUUUGGGUGGUGGCACCAACCUGGGCAAGGAGAUGCAAGAGGGUCGGAUCUUCAUUGUGGACUAUGAGGUGCUGGAGGACAUCCCAGCAGGCACCAUCCACGGGCGCCAGCAGUACGUGGCGGCCCCGCUCUGCCUGCUGCACCAGGGUGCUGACAAGCUCCUGCGCCCCAUCGCCAUCCAGCUCAGCCAAACACCGGGACCCGCCAGCCCCAUCUUCUUACCGAGCGACGCCGAGUGGGACUGGCUGUUGGCCAAGACCUGGGUGCGCAACGCCGACGUCUACAGCCACCAGCUCAUCACCCACCUCUUGAGGACCCACCUCUUGGCGGAGGUCUACACCGUCGCCACCCUACGCCAUCUGCCCUCCUGUCAUCCCCUCUUCAAGCUCCUCUUCCCCCACUUCCGCUUCACGUUGCACAUCAACACGUUGGCCCGAAGCACCCUUAUCAAUCCCGGUGGCACCAUUGACAAGGGCUCGGGAGUCACCUAUGAGGGGCUGCAGCUGAUCGUCCAGCGGGGGUUGGAGAAGGUCACCUACACGUCCCUCUGCCUCCCCGACGACAUCGAGCACCGCGGCAUGGCCCACCUCCCCAACUACCACUACCGGGACGAUGGGAUGAGCCUCUGGGAAGCCACCAAGAGCUUCGUCUCCGGCAUCGUGGCUUUCUACUACGGGGAGGACGCGGCGGUGAGCGGCGACGCCGAGCUGCAGGCAUGGGUGAUGGAGAUCUUUACCAAUGCCUUCUUGGGCAGGACCUCCUCAGGUAUCCCCUCCUCGCUGCAGACAGUGGCGGAGCUCAUCAAGUUCCUCACCAUGAUGGUGUUCACCUGCUCAACACAGCACGCGGCCGUCAACAGCGGGCAGUAUGACCUGGGAGCCUACCUCCCCAAUGCUCCAUUCUCCAUGCGCCACCCACCACCGUCGGAGAAGGGCAAGGCCUUCCUCCAGCACUUCCUCGACACCGUCCCUGAUGUGGCCACCACUGCCCAAAACCUGGUGGCCCUCACACUCCUCAGUUCCCGCCUCAGUGACGUGUUCACGGAGGCAGAGCCCCGGAGGCUCAUCAGGGCCUUCCAAGCACAGCUGAAGGAGAUCCGGGACCGCAUUGAGGAGAGAAACUACCGGGCUGAGCUGAGAUACAACUACAUGAACCCGGAGGAGACGGAGAAUAGCAUCUCCAUCUGA